AUGCCUCGCAAGUAUGUUCCGCGGCUGUGUGCAAGAAAUUAUGCCAACUACACGCAGGAAGCACUAGCUUCGGCAUUGAAAUCUGUAAAGCAAAACGGAAUGUCAAUCCGGCAAGCGUCCAAGCAUUACAAAAUUUCCUUCGGCACGCUGUAUAACAGAUGUAAAAAUUUGCAUACGAAGAGCGUCGGAACUCCAACCGUGCUAUCGAGUGCCCAGGAGAAGGAGCUCAGCGAGGUGAUAAAAGUUGCUGGUGAAUGGGGUUACCCUCUCCCCCCGGGUCGAGUGGCAAUAUUGGUGAAAAAAUUCCUCGAUGACAACCUCAUGAAAACCAGGUUUGUUGACAAUCGCCCCGGUCCAGAUUGGAUUGCGUCCUUUAUGAAGCGAACCAACUUGGCAGCCCGUUGCACUCAAAACAUUAAAAGGGCUCGUGCUAAGGUGUGCCCUAGAACUGUAAAAGAAUAUUUUGACAACCUGGCCCGGACGCUCCAUGGCAUUCCGAAGGAAAAUAUCAUAAACUACGAUGAGACAAACUUUACGGACGAUCCUGGAAGCCGAAGAGUGAUAUGUAGAAGAGGACAGAAGCACGUCGAACGCGUCUUAGACCACUCAAAAUCAUCAUAUUCCGUCAUGUUCGCUGGCACUGCAGAUGGAAAAACGCUUUCAACGUACGUAGUGUAUGCAGCUCUUCAUCUCUAUCCAACAUGGGUUCAAGGAGGACCUAAAGGUAGCCGCUACAAUCGAACGAAGUCAGGAUGGUUCGAUGAACGGACGUAUGAGGACUGGAUUUUGACAGUUUCUCUUCCGUACUGCAAGAAGAUACCGAAUGAUAAGCCACGAGUGUUGAUUGGAGACAAUGUUGCGUCCCACAUGUCUAUUCGAGCCAUCAAAAGCUGCAUGGAGAACAACAUUGGAUGUGGCGUAUUUUGGGCCGCUGAAAAAGGCAUGGAGGAGUACGUUGGAACAAUGGAAGAGUAG